AUGUCCGACAGCUUCAGCAACAUCCGAGUCUUCGUCCACUGGCGCGAUCAGACCGUCUUCGCGGGCGAGGCGGUCCAAUGCACCGUCACCUUUCGAAACAUUGCCCCCGAGGCAAAUCAGCAGCAGCAGCAGCAGGCUCACUCGCGCCCUCCGUCGCAGUCGCAGUCCGAGAGGCAGAGGCUUGCGUCGCCCAUUCAAACCCGGGGCAAGGCGGCUGCAUCGGCCAGAGGCCAUAGGCGUGCGGCUCUAUCGUUAAGCGUGCCAUCGCCGAGUACAAGAAGCCGGCAGGGCUCGAUCCAAUGGCCUCAGUCCGUCGUUCCCGGCGACCCCCGGGGUCAUGCGCACAAACGAUCCGUGUCCAUCGUCUCCAUCGGAUCAACCACCAGCACCAUCGACGAGCAUUCACAGUCGCCGCGUUAUGAAAAUUCCCCACGACAGCCGCGUCAUUCGCAUAAUCGCGCCAGCAGCUUGCAGAUUGCGUCUCGCGGGCCGCCCACAGUGCCCUCUACUCCCCAAUCAGGCUCAUUCUCACAAAGAGGAACAUCUUCUCCGCUAUUCACUGCUUCAUAUCCUCCCGAUCGAUUUGGUCGGAUACCUAGCGGUGGUCCAAGGAGCCCCCAGUCGUCAACUCUCUCGGUGCAGCGCAGGUCCUCCAAAACCUUGGCCAGCCCCAUGCCCGAAUUCCGAUUCCCCGCUGCACCCGCACCAGAUUCGGAACCAAUUGCGAGCCCUCGAAAAGCCUCGGGCAACAAUAGCCAUCUAAGUCCAAGGACGGGGCCGGUCGACAGCCCUAUCCCUAUACGCUCAAAGGAGCAGAUCUCGCCUGCGCCCGACAGACCGAUUCUUACCGCGCGUAUACUCUCUAGCACGAGCAUGGCUGGAGGAACACCCCGGAGCAGUGGUGAAUUUUAUUCGAUAAGCAAUCACUCGUCCGAGACGCUGGCCUCGGAAUAUGUAGCGCAGCCCCUGACCAGAGGUCCUGGGAGGCCAACGUAUCCGCGCCGGGGUUCAGCCUUCUCCUUGCACCAGUCAAGGACCGAAUCGCUCAUGAUGGGCUUUGCCCAAAUCCAGGGCUCUUUUUCACUAGAUGGCUCCCUAAUUAGCCUUGCACCGUUUGAACAGGUCAAAAAGAAGGCCGUUGUUGGCGGGCGAGGUGGUGGAGUGGUGGGACUGGAAUCGGGUCGUCGAGAGAAUGGCCUCUUGCGGGGCUUUGGCUGGGGAAGCAUAAGCAAUUCCCUGGGCGAUUUUCUCGGUGGCGGAGAGUUGAGCACCAUCAAGGAAAUGCGUGGUGUUGCAAACUCAAAGGCCGUUCCCCUGCUGAGCACCCCGCAGUCGAUCCUCUUUGUCGACUUACAGCUGGCUCCCGGCGAGAGCCGCUCAUUUGAAUACACAUUCAAGCUCCCCAGAGGGCUACCUCCUACACAUAAAGGAAAGGCCAUCAAGAUUUCAUACAGUCUGGUCAUUGGCACUCAGAGACCAGGAGGCGCUAGAGAACAGAAUGUCCGGACAGUUGAAGUACCGUUCCGUGUUUUGGGGAGCGUCAACAAUUACGGCGAGAUUCUCGGGCAUGAUCUCAUGAACCCCUAUAUCUUGCUUCGUGAUGAAGCCCUGGUGAAGAUGGUUGGGAAGCAGCAGAAGAGCCAUAGGGAACGCGAGGUCACCGGGGCAACAGCUGCCAUGAGCGACUUUUUAUCAUACGUCGACGGCCUAACGAAUCGACCUGGUGAUAAAGCAGGCGGCUUGUUGCUGUCUCCGACGGCGACUCCAGAUCUACGGCGUCUAUCAUCGUCGAGUUUUGACGAUACGACCUCGGCCAAAGAGGCAAUCCGUCUCGCUAUUAUGAAGAGCAACCUGACUGGACAAGGACAGCAGAGCGCCAAUCGAUUCGAAAUUGCGCGGAAUGGGCAGAGGGUCGGCGUUGUAAUGCUGACCCGACCAGCUUACCGUUUAGGAGAGGUCGUGACCAUGGUUAUCGACUUUUCAGAUGCCGACAUACCAUGCUACGCGGUACAUGCAACUUUAGAAUCGUCGGAAAAAAUAGAUUCGACGUUGUCCCUGCGAUCAGAUUCGAGUAUUCACAGAGUAACUCGCAAGGUGUACGUUGCCUCGUCUGAAUCCACGCUCUUCACCCGACGGGUGGUUUUUACCCCUACGAUACCCAUCUCUGCUACGCCCGAAUUUGUCACAAGUGGCAUCAGCUUUGAAUGGAAGAUUCGCGUCGAAUUUGUCGUGCCGUCACAGGGGCACGAUGCCUUUAGGGGGCAGCAAACGCCAUUCCCACUGCUGGAGCAGAUUUCGAGGGACGACAAGGGGGGCUUGGUUCUCGUAGCGGUUGAGAACUUGGCGUGCGAGAGCUUUGACGUGCCUGUGCCUCUGCGCGUAUACGGAGCGGUCGGAACUGGGUUGGAGCGCUUGGAGAGAGAUGAGGCGGCCGAAGAAGGGCUUGUUGUGUAA